CCAUCUUGCUCUGGCCUUCUCUGUGUGCUUUCUCCACUACUGCAUAUAUAGCUACCAAGUGGUCAACAGCAAAGCAAACGAGGCAUAUAGCAAAUAGUCAGUGUAUAAUUGUGUAGUAUAAGACAGGUGUGUGUUAGCUACUUCUGUAGAGCUGGAUGUACAGAUGUGGGUAGUCUAGCAACUCUAUAAGCCCCAGGGCUAAUGUCCACAAACACUGACUGGUAGCUACUAGCAGCAAUGGUUCUUCAACCUAUCACACACCCAGCCAGGGCAAUGAGCCCAGAGUUGGAGAGACAUGUCACAGUUCUCUGAGAGUGUGCAGCGUCACAUGAUUGGUGGUAAUAAUAACAAGCCGCACCCAUCCUUUGGAGCUCAUAGUUGGAAAAUGGCUGAAGAAGCGGCGCUGGCACCUGACGAUGCGGGAAAGAUACUGGAGAAACUGCUGGAUGCGCAGAAUAAGUCGUUUAUGCUUGGUCUGGGACUGAAUUUGCGACUUCGCGAUAUAGAAGCCAUCCACGCAAGGUAUACUGACCCACGCGAACGUCUGCUCCACAUCAUUAUCGCGUUCUUGAGAGAAGAGGAGCCAAGACCGACAUGGAGUGUCAUUCUGGAAGCCCUCAGGAAUCCCAUAGUCAGCCUAACAGCAGUAGCCAGAAGAGUGGAAACAGCUCUUUUCGCUACGGCUGCACAACCGACAACCUCCGCUCCAGUCCUGUAUCCUAGCACCCUGUCGUCUCAGCAGGGAAUUGGUGUAUCCAAUCAAGACAUAAAACAUACCCCAGCUCUCCUGAUGGCAGUCUCACCUGAUUCACCUGUUGAAUCACCUCGAUCAUCCCUACACACACAACAAGGCACAUCACACAAUACCACUCAUUCUGCCCUGGGUUCCUCUCUAACCACCUUCCACCAGGAACUAACGUCCAGUGCACCAACUCCAGUCCCUAUUCCAACUCAGGCCCACCCACACCAACUGGCAUCCACUGGCGAUAGUGGAUCGGUGUCUACUAUUACAACAUCAAGUGAUGAAGUGAAGCAAAUGAUAUCAGAGCUGGAUAGCAAGUUUGACACUCUCAAGAACUCCAUCCGAGAAUGUCUCGAGAAACGUGGAGUUCAGGUGAAAAGAGUUGCAGAUAUACUGACAUCGCUCUCGGCUGAUGAAGACGAGCAUCACAAGAUGUUCCUGGAAAGCCAUGUCAGCGUUCUCUUCAAGGCUGCCAAUGUCGCAGAGCUGUUUGGAACCAUGAACUUCCAUUGGAAUUAUCUCAGUCCCCCUCCCUUAGAUCACCUGGUGCACAAGUUCAAUCUAGUGGAGGUCAAAAGUCAACUGGAGGCCUACAAUUCUGAUCUGCUGCAGUUUAGAAUGAAGACACUGUUAACUCUGUUCUGUCAGACGCAGAGGAAAAAGCGAAUCAGACUCUCCCCAGAUUUCCAUGAGGUUGUCGCCGAGUUUGAGUGGACAGAGAAUGUGACACUGGAAGAUGUGGAGCAGUUUCGACAAGAGUAUGCCUCUCACUACAACCUGAGAGAGUGUGCCAUGAUGAUUGCCGAAGUUCGUCCUGGCUCCUUCAUCGUCACUUGGUAUGUGCCCAAAUCGGUUGUGGAGAAAUUGAAGACCAAAGUACCCAGACCGAUUCUCAAGCAACAUGGUGUCCAGAAGCUGCAGAUUGCUGGGGUCUGUGUCUAUCGUAUCGUUAGUCCAAGCUCACCUCCAGCUCUCACUUCUCAACAGUCGAUGAUAACUUUAACAACCGACGACGAGGAAGAAGAAGAAAAAGAGCCAGAUGAUAUUGGAACCUCUACACUCGAGACCAGUGUGAGAUCGAACAACAAGAGAAGUCUAAGGCCCAGGACCUACAAUAGUAGUGUAUCAUCUGAUAGAGGGUAUUCCUCAGCUCAUUCUCUACACAGGGCCUGCAGAACCCUACAUAGCACCAGGACUCUCGGUGUCUUUUGUCCACGAACACUGACCGAUACCAGCAGUAAUAGUUCUUCAACCUACCCCUAUAAGUCUUCAUUCAAGAGCCAAAGAACAUCAUUCACCACCGUGACCAAGUUCUAUCGAGUUACUCCUAAGAAAUACCUGAAAAACUCCCGUGCAACAUCUGCACUGACCGUUGAUGUUUGCUGGGAAUGUGACAUUUUAAGUGCUCUCCCCUAUCCUCAGACUAUGAUUUUCAUUACGUGCUUAUAGGGAAAGUUUAGUUAAGUGCUUAUUGCUACAUCCAAAUACAUUUCUGCUGUUUGGUGUUUUCAGAGAGAGGUCAUGAGCGAUGAUGAAGAAAGUAUGACUGGCAGUCUUCGAAGGUUGCAGAUUUCAAUUCCUCUCCUCAGGAACCAACAGCAGGAAAAAGGGGGCAAUGAUGAAGAAAGUAUGACUGGCAGUCUUCGAAGGUUGCAGAUUUCACUUCCUCACCCCUGGGACCAACAGCAGCCGGGAAAAAGGAAUGUAAGGGAGCCAGAUGAAUUACCGUGUGAGAAAGUGGACAGAGCAGUAAUUAGAGACCUGUCUCAAGUUCUGGUAUUGUGGACAUGGCCGGCUAGAUCACUAGGUCUCGAGGACUCAGACAUUGCGACAAUACAGCUAGAUAAUCCCGGAGACACCAGAGAGCAAAGUUACAAGAUGCUCCACACCUGGGUACAGCGGUGUCGAGCAGUCAGCCACCUACCAGACAUUAGGUCGUGUCUUACUGACUGAGGCUAGUGGUGUCUACCCAGAUACGUAGAAAUUGUCUCAAAAUACUGCUCGUAAAAAUCAAUUUCCCUCGUUGCUUGUGGCCACUUUGCUUGGAAACAGGCAUCUGUUUGUUAUAUGUUGGUAUAUUAAACAAAAUGCAUACUACAUUAUUCAGUCCUUGCAGACACAAUAAUAACAUUUCUUGGAAAUAAUCGUCCAUUCGUCUUUAGCUACACUAGCUAGCUACAAAAGUUAUACCAUCUUUCACGCUCUAUUAUUUUCCCAUAGCCAUAUUAUACUGCAGUAUUAUUAACCCUAGCUGAACCCAGAGGCAGCAGGUAUGUGCAUACUAAGCUACUACAGCAAGAUUUUAAGACUCCCUGUAUUUGCUAUAACCACAUAAGACCACUGAGGAAUGGAGGAAAAGGUGUAACUAUUAC